CACCAACGGCAGUCAUAUUAUCGAAGGACUUGUCCAGUUGUUUAAGCUACCUUUGUGUUUUUUUUAAAUAAAAAUGUUUUCUUCCCCAUUGUUGUAUCAUGCUGAGGGUUCUUUCUAUUCUCAACGGGCCAGAUUAGGAUUUGAAGAGAAAGGAAUAGGAUAUCGGAAACAGCUUGUUAACAUACAUGUAGGGGAGCAGACUGAGCCAUGGUUUAUUCGGUUGAAUCCACAUGGAGAAGUUCCAGUUAUGGAGCACAACAAACGAAUCAUCAUCGAUUCGGAGGCAAUUUUGGAUUACUUGGACCAAAUAGUCCCUGAAGCCCCUCGAUUCACCCCUGACCCCUCUACUGAUGAGGGUGCUAAAGUCAAACACUUCAAGAUUCUAUUCAAGUCUGUGAUGAUUGAACUGAUUACAUUUGGUACCAUGCUACAUCCAGAAAUUGAAAGUGGGAAAAAGUUGUUGACAUCAGCGCAAGUACAAACCAAGUUUGGUAUAGCAGUGAAAAGAAUGCAGAAAUAUGCAGCUAAAAGCCCUGAAAUGAGAGGAAUCUAUGAGGGAAAAAUUGCCAGGACACAAACCAGGCUUAGUAAAAUGCUUGAUCUUGAGACCUGCAUGAACAGUAUACAUCACUUAGAGGAGGUAUUAGUUGAGGUCGAAGAGGAGCUAAGCAAGGUCAGCUUUCAAGAGUCAACUGGAGAGGCUCCUUGGUUGUGCUCAAGAAAUUUUACAAUAGCUGAUAUUUACCUGUCCACCAUCCUCCAUCGUCUUGUUGCUGUCGGUUUAGACCAAAGGUAUUUCAGCGGGAGAAAGCGACCGCACUUAGAGGCCUACUACCAAAGAGUUUUGAAGCGACGUUCAUUCCGUCGCGCAUGUGGAAGCUCUAAUUCAAAAUUCUGGAGUUGGGUUUAUCCAUAUUUUGUUUUCAAAUUUAAGCAUUCCGUACCAAGUCUUGUAGGUAUUGGCAUCUUAGGCUUAGCUGUUUUUGCUGCCUACAGGUACACUGACAAAUUUCAAAUGAUCAGGGAUAAAUUUUAAGCAGUAUGUGUACCAGUUUUCAAAAUAUUUUCUUGGCUUUAAAAAUCAUUUAUCUGUAAUUCAACAUUUUGACAUUUAAUUCAAAUGAAAUUCAGUACUAAAUUUUACAAAUUAUUUAUUUUUAAUAUUCCAAUCAAGCAGUUUAAUUAAAACCCACCGUGUAUGCAAUAAACAAUAAUUUCUAAUUGUGCUAUUUAAUAUUACUAUUAGGCCAUAUGAAAAGAAAAACAUGUUUACUCUGUUCAUUUCUUUUUAAAUAAGAUGAGGGACCUUUUUUAAUUAUUUUUUUUACAAAAUAUUACAACACACACAGCUUUGCAUUGUGGUCUGUUUUACCAGUCCUACAGUAUCCUCACAGAUAAGUUGAUUACUUACAGGUCUUUGUAGGUUUUUUGUGGAAAGAUGACAUGGCCUGAAAAUGCAGAAGAGGAUGAGAAGCAUGUUUUUUUGGGUUUUUUUGGACUUAAGUUUUGUCUACAAUAUCAAGUUUUUUGUGUGAUUUGCACAUAUAUGGUUAUGAUGAUGUCAUCAUGCCCAUAUAUAUGGUAAAUCACAGAUUCCAUAAAACAUGAUGCAAACAUUAUCAUAGUAUAAAUGGUGGUUUGGGUGUUCUAACUGGUCUUUCAAAACAGAUUUUAUUUUUAAUUUGUGAAAUUAUGAUAAUAUAGGGUGGUGAUUUGAUAUAGUAGUUUCUUUUGAUAUAAUGGUGUUAUGUUAAAAUUUUUUUUAUUAAUUUAAAUUUUUUACUCAAUAUAUUUUUCUUCUUUAAGCAGCUUACCAUUGUCUUUAUUAACCAAGCUUCCUCUGUUCUAUGUAUUCAGAGCAAUAUUCAGCAUUACUAGUGGGGGUGUGCAAAGGUGGAUGAGCUGGUCAAGCCCCCUCCCCCAUCAGACAGAGCUCAUCGGCCAGUCGGACUAAAAAAAAAUUUUAAAAUACGCCCACGCCAAGCCAACACAUGCCUGUCACAGAAAAUUUCAUUUCUGGCAAACCAGAGGUUCCUCUCCUUUAAAAAAUCUCAUUUGGGGGUGGGGGGUAACACCCUCUAAAACCCUUCCCCCAGCUUGGCCCUACGAGCUCAAGUCCCCCCUGUCUGACAGCUCAGCCCCCGGAAAAUAUACCCUAGAGCCGCCACUGGCCUAGUAUUAUUCCAGACUGAGGAGGAACGGAUUCCCCAAAUCUUUCCUUGUGCUAACUACAACCUAUAAUUCUUUAAUCAUGAUUUGGAGUUGUAUGACAUCAUAUCCACUUCCUUUGCCUCUAUCAGUCUUUCCUAUACUAAGUUAUUUGUUUCUUCAUUCAAAUCUGCUCAACAACAGGUGCCCUUUUAAUCGCAUUCAUUACUCUAGUGUUCUCUUUCUAUUUUCAAUAUAGCACAACACAUCACACUUGUCAUAUUUAAGUGAACUUAUUAUUGUAGCAAAGUAUGAUCGUCGACAUUAUGAUUAAUUUCUAAACUUUACAGUUUUGGUGUGGAAGAUUUUUUGAAGAUAUAGUGUAUUAUCAAAAUAAUUUUUCAAAAUUAUUUCAAUUGUAUUUUUUGGCACUAAUGUAAGCAAUUAUAUAGUAUUUGAAUUAAUAAAUUUUACAAUAAUGGCUGAAUCUACCUCAAAGGGACAAAUAUUAAAUGCUAUAAUUUUUUAACUGAAAUUGUGUGACUAACAUUUAUAAAAAUUAAUAUCUGCAUUGUACACAGGAUUUUGUAUAAAUUAAUUAAUUCUAAAUUUUGGUGUCUUACAUUUAAAGUUACAAAGCAAAUUUGUAAUACUCUUACUCUUGUGUUAAGAGCUACCUAUAGUAAUUUCACUUAUCUCUACAAAUUAGUUUGAUGCAACUUAAAUAUAACACUAUAUUUUAUGUUCAGGCUCUUUUAAUCUGCUGUAGUUUGCAAACUUCUCUUAACUUCUUCACAUAAAUUUGUUGUGUAGCUUGUCCCUGGGUACACACUGCAUUGCCGGCUGACGAAUCUGUAAAAUUUGUGUGCGACAAAUAUCUGUGUCUGUGGUGUGAUUCGCUAUACUCGCGUAUGGCAAUUCACGUAAAUUUACACUAGACACGAUAAUGACAUGACAACGAUAUAUCAUCGCAUAGUUUGUAUUCUUCAACAUUGUGCGCAUCUGUAUCCUGUCGUAAUCAUGUCUAGUGUAAAUGUAGCUUAAGACGACCUCCGAGUUUGAGAAGAUUUUUUUAUAAUUUUUGUAUGUCGGGUAUUUAAAUGACCUCUCUUGUCAUCAUCGGUAUUCCUAAUUUGUUCUGCUUUUUAUGGUUUUGAUACUGCAUCUAGCUGUCUAAAAUCACAGCCAAAAUGUAGGGCCAAUCUUCCAAAUAAUACCAUAUUAUGGGCUUUAAUAUGAAGAUCUUAUUUCCCCACUUUUAAAAUUGCGUUCAUUCAUUCAGUUAGUAGCUUCAUUACAGUAGUAGCCCCGUGUUACAGAGAACCCGCACAUAAGUGGAACAUGUCAAUUAAAAAAUCUAACACUUGUGUUGCGUGUAUAAGAUCCCACCUCCCCCCGUUUUUUGAUAUUUUAACCCUGGCCUUAUGCACAACUAUAUACUGUGGUGUCAUAUCGCACCCAUACAUGGAAAGUCGCUUUUGUAACAUAUAGACUUGAUAGUGUGGGAAUGUGGGAAGAGCCUUCUAGUUAACAAAUACCUUUUGUGGGUGUGUGAGGAUCAGUGGUAGCACUAGUGGCGGCUGUGGCGUAGCAGCUAUGAACUCUCGCAGAAUAAAUUCAGGGCCCAGAGAUAAUCAGCAGUAAUUUUGUUUUGCCUCAAAUCAGUCUUUAUAAGUAGUGGAAUGUGUAAAAUCAUCAAAUACACCUUUUAAAACGUCAAAAGUGCCAAAGCGGGCGAGGCUUUCAAGUGUACUCCACUGGGAUCUACACAGACGCGGAACCCCCCCUUUAUCGAGUCUAUACAGUCUAGUUAUGUAUGUUGGUUUAGGCCCUAGUUCUAAAACCUAAUAUGUAUUUCAUUAUAUUGGUGACCACUGCUUCUGUUACAUUGUCAUAUUAUAUUUUUCAUUUGAUUAUGAGAAAAUUAGUAAUAAUUUUCAUAUUCAGUUUGUGUACAUUUAUAGUUAUAAUUGUCCUAUAGCUCUGAUUGUUUAUUGUGAGAGUCUAAACUAAAUAUUCUAUAUAAUUACCAAGCUAUAUAAAUAUAUAUUAAUAAUAAAACAUUUUCUACAGUCAGUUUCUGUUACUAGAUGAUAUAUCUUGUAUUGACCUUUCUCUUGGUAUUGGCAUAAACAGAAAUAAUUAUUUUAUAAUACAAUAUAUUAUAUAUAUAUAAAUAUAUGAAUUAAUUUUGUGAUUUUAAGAUAUUAAUUAUGCAAAAUAACUUAGUUUAAAUGACUGCUGUAAACUUUGAUUUGCAUUUGUGAAUAAUCAAGGUCGAGAGAAUAUUUUAUACCAUUACCUCCAUGUUAAAUAUAAACAGUACUGUUAAUAAAUAUGACAAGAAAAUUCAAAAUUUGAAUUGUUAUCUUUGUAUAUUAGCUUAAAAGAAAAUAUUAUCACCAAGUAACAGAUGCUCUUGCAUAAACCAUUUAAAAUUGACUGGUAGUAAUUAUAAAGAUUUGCGUAAUAAAAAUUCUAUGAAUCAUUGAGAACUGAA